AUGUUCUAUAAAAUGUUUUUACUAACUUUAGUAUGUUUAAUUAGUGUGUGUGAUGGAGAAGUUGAUACCCUUGAUUUUUCAAAUAGUGAUUUAGAGAGUAUCAUUUUGGAGGCAUUAAAGAACAAUGAAACUCUAUCAUCGGACUUUUCAAAUGCAACAGAUGAAGUAUGCAAGCCUUUAGAAUCCGUCAAGCCAGAUUUCGGUAGGCCAGGGCAAAGCAUAAGUGAAACAAAAUGCUUGCAAUACAUGUGGGAAGUGAAAAACUUAAAAGAUCAAGACAAAGCAGACGAAGAUUGCCGCGUUUAUCUCAUAUCUCAAAUAAAGCGCGGUGUAAUUCCUGAAAUAUUAAUAUUUGUCCCUCCAUCAGUCAUAUUUGGUGGAAGGGAUGCUAAACCAGCUGAAUUCCCUCAUAUGGGAGCCAUAGGAUGGCGAGCGAAAGAUGAACCAAAGUGGCAUUUUAAAUGUGGAGGAUCAUUGAUAAGUGAAAAAUUUGUUGUAACCGCUGCCCAUUGCACUUGGCUUUCAUUACAUAAUCAUCAUGACGUCAGUGCUAAUGCACCGGAAGUUGUGCGAUUUGGUGUAGAAAAUAUACAGGAUGACGAGUUUAAUUUAUACGGAAAACCUAUUGACGUGAUAAUUAAAAAUAUAAUUAGACACCCGCGGUAUAGGCCCCCUCGGAAGUAUUUUGAUAUAGCGUUAUUGGAGUUAGACAGCAAGGUCAAGUUCAGCCUCCAAGUACAUCCCGCCUGCUUGUGGACGAAGCCAUCCACGCGUGAACUUGGUACUAGAAGUAUCCUCACCGGUUGGGGUCUCACAGAACAUGGAAAACCAUCAACAGUCCUUCAGGUUGCUGCGGUGGAUGUGUUGAAUACUAAAAAGUGUAACUCCCUCUUGCACAGCUCCUGGAAUAGAAACUGGCAUGGCUUUGCUAAGCAUCAGUUAUGUGCUGGCAAUUUAACUGGAAAUGUUGACACAUGUCAGGGUGAUUCAGGAGGUCCUAUACAAGUGAAGAUAGAAUCUGGAUCGAAUUCGUCUAUAAAUAUGGUAGUUGGCGUGACUUCAUUUGGGAUCAACUGUGGACAAAAGCAUCGACCCGGAAUUUAUACAAAAGUUUCAAAGUUCAUAAAAUGGAUAGAAAAUAACGUAUGGAAUAAUAAUGUUACGGAAAGCAAAGAAACUAAAGUGAUGCCAUCACUUUUUAAGAGGAAGAAUGUGACUUUGAGUGGUGGUCGGGUGACAUUUUAA